AAGGUCUCUGAUGUAGAGCCCAAAUGUUUUUGGUGCAAAUCCAGAGAUGUAUUUACUUACUAGAACGUACAGAACACAGGGAAGCAGUGCCAACAGGACACAGCACAGAGGAAAGCAAAGAAAAGAAUAUCCACGUAAUACAAUCUGUACAGCUGGACUGCCAGGACAGAAGUGACUUUGUCUGUAUGAAGUGCAAGCUGGUUUACAUAUUGGAAGAGAAGGUCAGAGGACUAGAGAACCAAGGAUCAACCCUGGGUUGCUUCAGAGAAAAUGAAGAUUUUCUGGAUAAAAGUGUCAGUGUUCUGGAAGCAAAAUGUGCUGAAGAAUCAGAGACUGCAGAGCAGAGCAGGGAAGAAUAUUGGCAGCAUGUGACCUCCAGAGGAAGAAAGAGGAGAACCUAUGUACCCCUAAUGCAGAUAGAGGUGCACAACCAUUUUCAGGCUCUCUGCACACGUAUUACUGUGGAGAAGGAUUUGGAAGAACCUUGUGAGGGAAGGAGUAAGGAGGAGACUCCGUCAGCUGGAAGGCAUGGGAUGAAUCGUCCUAGGGAUGGGGGUUCCACGAUCACCACUCCCAAGAGGAGGAGACAGGUGGGCGUGGUCAGGGACUCCCCCCUAAGGGGGAUAGAGUCAUCCAUCUAUCAACCAGACUGGGAGACUCAAGAAGUGUGCUGCUUCCCUGGAGCUAGAAUCCAGGAUGUGACGGAGUGUUUGCUGAGACUGAUCAAGAUCUCGGACCACUACCCCUUCCUACUUCUCCAUGUGGGCACCAAUGAUACUUCCAAGAACGAUCUUUAGCAGGUCAUUGCAUGCUACGUGACUCUGGGAAGAAGGAUAAAGAAGUUUAAGAUGCAGGUCGUGUUCUCAUCCAUCCUCCCUGUUGAAGGCUAAGGCCCAGGUAGGGACUGUCGAAUCGUGGAGGUGAACGCAUGGUUACGCAGGUGGUGUCGGAGAGAGGACUUUGGAUUCUUUGACCAUGGGAUGUUGUUCUGGGAAGAAAG